GUCGGACAUAUUCAAUGAAACACAUAACUCGCAUCGCGUGGAGUUCGUCACGUCUAAGCUGCUGUUCAAGAGAUUAAAAUGCCAAAGACAAGCAAAGCGAAGACCGCAAAGAGGCCAAGCACUGACGACGAGCAGCUCCCUCCCAAACAGAGCAAGGUGGCCGACACCCGACCCCCCCUGUGCUUCGACAGCCCCGCCAGCCUGUUCCAGAGCCUCAUCCAGCCCAUGGGGACAGAGCAGUUCUUCAGCGAGUACUGGGAGAAGAAGCCCCUCCACCUGCAGAGGACCGAUCACGACACGGCCUCCUACUACCAGUCUUUGUUCCAGCUGUCCGACCUGCCUAGCCUGUGCUCCGAGGAUCUGGAGUACUACAGGGAUGUCAACGUCGUGCGCUGCAUCAACGGCAAGAAGAAAGUGCUCAACAAGCCGGGGCGAGUUAAGAGCAGCGGUCUGAAUAAAAGCUUCGCUCAGAACAAGGCCACCAUCCAGUUCCACCAGCCGCAGAGGUUCAAGGAUGAGCUGUGGAGGAUCCAGGAGAAGCUGGAGUGUUUCUUCGGGGCCUUGGUGGGCUCCAAUGUCUACAUCACACCACAGGAGUCCCAGGGCCUCCCGGCUCACUACGAUGAUGUUGAGGUCUUCAUCCUGCAGCUGGAGGGGCAGAAACGUUGGCUCCUCUACACGCCCACCUUUCCUCUGGCAUCUGAGUACAGCGUGGAGUCGGAGGAGAAGAUGGGCAGCCCGACCCAUGACAUUUUGCUUAAGGCAGGAGACCUUCUGUACUUUCCCAGAGGAACCAUCCAUCAAGCCAGCACUCCAGCAGGAGUGGACCACUCCACCCACGUGACUCUCAGCACCUACCAGAGAAUGUCAUGGGGGGAUUUGCUGUUGGACAUAUUUCCGAACUUGCUCUGCGACCACAGCAAGACUGCAGUGAGCCUGAGGGAGGGAAUGCCCAGAGGCCUCCUACUGGGUGACAGUGACAACUUGGACACCAGCAGUACACUGUCUGCUGGUCUCAGAUCGCUGGCUGACAGGUUGGAAAAUGGGACGCAGCAAGUCCGCUCCACCCACAUGAAGAGAGACUUCAUCAUGAACAGGCUGCCCCCGUACAGCCAGCAGGAGCUGCUUCAACCAGCUGGGAAGAUUCCUGCCUUGGAGGAUAUGGUGUGUUUGAGGUUUAAAGAUCACAUUGUGAUCACAGUGGAGCCCAGCCACGAGAAAACAGAUGAGGCCACACAGCUGGUAGUCUUUGUCCUACACUCUUUGAAGAACCAGAGGGAGAACCACAUGAUGGGGGACAGUUGUGAUGAAGAGGAGGAACAGGACACCUCCAGGGGCCUGCAGUUCCCACUGUCCCACCUCCAGGCGCUGCGGCAGCUCCAACAGGCGCAGCAGCUGGCCGUGGACCAGCUGCAGCUGCCCACGCAGGAGGCCAAGCUCAGCCUGGUCCUGGCUUUGUGGAGUGAGAGUCUUCUGGUUGUGUUAUAGCAAACGGCAAUGCCAAAUUAUCACCAAAGUGAAGAAUGAAAUCCACAUCUGUUGAUAUUUACCAAAAGCCCCUCAACAUUUGCUUUGUCCUUCUGCCCUGCUGAAUAAAUCAUCAGCUGAAGUAUUGAUGUGUUCCACCAGCUUCUGUAAUUCAAUUCUCUCUCAGACGCAACAGUCUGCAGGGUAACUAAUAUAGUGACUCUAAAUACUGUUGGAUAGUGGAGUUUUUAUUCACACAUGGAUAUUAUUAUCUUUUUUUUUAAAGGUUACAUUUUAGUUCUGGUAGAUUAAUAAUGCGUAACAGUUUUACAAAAUACAAUAUUAAAUAUUAAUAUAAACGUAUAUAAAUAUUUCCAUUUCCAAAACUGAAAUGACUGAGAAAAUGCCUGACAGUUAUUACAAUUAUCAGCAAUAAGUGU